GGAGCAAGAGAAAGGGGAUGGGUUGGAGCAUUGGUGUCAAACAGAGAUUCAAUUUUGGCUGAAAGCGCCCUAAGACACAUGGGCCAAGUCAUUCAUUCCUCCCCAACUGCCCUCAUUUCCACACCUGCUGAUCUAAGCCAAACCCCUGCUAAAAUACAAACAAUCAGGGCCGCUGGCAAACAAAAAUUGGAGCAUUGUCUUCCCCACGAGGGCUCUGAAAGGGCCGCACUUAAUGAGGAUGGAUUGACAGAGAGGUGGCUCCUAGGCUAUAAAAGACACCCCACAGUCAGGAGCAGCUCAGUCCGGGUGCACUGCCCGUCCUCCCGCUCUGAGCAUGGUCACAGCCCACCACAGGCACCCCUCGAGGGCAGGUGGCCCAUGGCUGCUGUGUCUCAUGGUGUGGCUGCUGCUCUGGGGCUCUCCGGGAGCCUGGGCGAGCUACCUGAGGAGAUCCUCCAGCUGCCUGCCCAUCCCACACCGCAUGGCCUUGUGCUACGAUAUCGGCUACUCCGAGAUGAGGAUCCCCAACCUGCUGGAGCAUGAGACCGUGACAGAAGUCAUCCAGCAGUCUUCCAGCUGGCUGCCCUUGCUGGCCAGGGAGUGCCACCCAGAUGCAAGGAUUUUCCUCUGUUCCCUCUUUGCACCAAUCUGCUUGGACAGGCUCAUCUACCCCUGCCGCAGCCUCUGCGAAGCCGUCAAGAGAAGCUGCGCGCCCGUCAUGGCUUGUUACGGCUACCCCUGGCCCGAAAUCCUCAACUGCAACAAGUUCCCUGCAGAUCAUGAGCUGUGCAUCGCAGCAGUCUCCAUGGAUGAAAAUGCCUCCAGCAGGAGAACAGUGCCCCGAGCCAGCUGCAAGGACUGCGAGCUUGAGGAGGCCAGCACUGCCAGGGAGAUCCUGGAAAGCCUCUGUGCCAAUGAUUUUGCAGUGAAAAUCCGGAUCCUGAGGAAGAACACAACCACGAGUAUCUCGGACUUUGACCUGGACCCUUCCAGGGUGGAGGUGCUGAAGCAUGGCCCUCUCCUCAGGACUGAAAUCCCCUCCAGGCUCCAGCAGUGGCUGGACAUUGAUGCCACCUGUGCCCACAACAUCAUGAGGGGCACUCAUGCUGGGGUCUUUGUUGUAAGUGGCGAGGUACAGAGUGACAAGGUGGUGGUGAACAAGGCCUAUGCCUGGCAGAAGAGGAACAGGAACCUACACCAGGCGGUGCGGAGGUGGAAACAUCACCGCUGCCCUGAACAGGCGGGACGGAAGGUCUGAAAAAUCUCAAUUCCAACAAUAAGAAACUGCUCCCUUCCCUAUGGCUAGAAAACUCCUUUCCCUGGCAAGUGGUGCUUUGGAGAUGUACAGUCAGUAUUUCUAGGUGAUUCGAAGCGGUCAUAGUGCACAGAUAGGGCCUCACUACAGAUCCCUGUUUUACCAAGACAGAGCUUAAGGAUGCAAGUUUAACAUGUUCCUCUAACAAGGCUCUGCAGAUCCAGGAUGUGUGAUGGACAGCUUUGUGUAGGAUCCAACAUCACAACAAAACUGAACUCUGCAGGUGAGCACAAACUAAAAAGACCUGUAGUAACAGUUCCUUCUACUUCUCAUCAUCAGAGCUGGUAUUUCAGCUUCAUUAUUUGACCCUGAGACAUUGAUGCUGUUCCAGUGCCUGCUUGCUUUUUGUCCAGAGAUUACAUGAAAGCUG